AUGGGGUCUACUUGGGCGAGUUCAGUGUAUUCGACUGGCCAGGGGCAGAUCAGUGAGGAGUUUGGUGUCUCUAAUGAGGUUUCUACACUUGGUACAUCACUGCUGCUGUUCGGGCUUGGAUUGGGUCCUCUGAUCUGGGCGCCUCUAUCGGAAGUGUUUGGGCGCAAGCCGGCUGUGCUGGCGCCGUACUUUCUCGCGGCUGUCUUCUCGUUUGGUACGGCUACUGCGAAAGACUUGCAGACUAUUAUGAUCACUCGAUUCUUCACGGGCUUUUUCGGCUCGGCUCCAGUGACGAAUACUGGCGGUGUCCUGGGUGAUAUCUGGACACCCGAACAGCGCGGAGCUGCCAUCGUUGGUUAUGCCUUGGCAGUGGUUGGUGGACCUGUACUCGGUCCAAUUGUCGGUGGUGCUAUUUGCCAAAGCUAUCUCGGCUGGCGAUGGACCGAAUACAUCACUGGCAUAAUGAUGAUGUUCUUCCUAGUAAUGGAUCUCCUUUUCGUCGACGAGAGCUACCCACCAGUACUACUAGUCUACAAAGCCCGUCGCCUCCGAUUCGAAACAGGAAACUGGGCCCUCCACGCUCGCCACGAAGAAUGGGACGUAACCUUCAAAGAACUCGGCAACAAAUACUUGGUGCGGCCCUUCCAACUCCUCUCAACCCCAAUCUGCUUCCUAGUCGCCCUCUACGCCUCCUUUGUCUACGGCAUCCUAUAUCUAUCCCUAGCAGCCUUCCCAAUCGUCUUCCAAGAAAACCGUGGCUGGAACCAGGUCGUCGGCGCCCUCCCUUUCCUCGCUUACCUAGUGGGCAUCCUAAUCGGCGGCGUCAUCAACCUCGCAAACCAAAGCUUCUACCUCAAACGAUUCAAAGCAAAUGGUAACCGAGCCAUACCAGAAGCUAGACUGCCACCCAUGAUGCUCGGAUCUGUCCUCUUCGCCGCGGGGAUGUUUGUCUUCGGCUGGACGAGCCCGAAACACAUCCAUUGGAUUUGCCCGAUGAUCGGUGCUGUCAUGAUGGGUUUUGGUUUCUUCACGAUCUUCCAGGCUGCGCUAAACUAUCUCAUUGAUACAUUCCAGAAAUACGCUGCUAGUGCUAUUGCCGCUAACACUUUCUUGCGUUCUAUCUUUGCGGGUUGUUUCCCGCUUUUCACUACGGCUAUGUUUCAUAACCUUGGGGUGCCUUGGGCUGCUAGUGUUUUGGGUUUCAUUUCUAUUGCGCUUAUUCCAAUCCCGUAUUUGUUCUAUAUAUACGGCAAGCGGAUUCGGGCGCGUGGAUUCUGGUCGCGAGAUUCUGUUUGA